CCGCAGAUAACAAGGCGACCGUUCGUGCUCGCGGCCGAGUGCGACCUGGCGUGUUGAGGCCGCCUUCCUGCGCCGAGGCCGAGCUCGAGCACACUGCGGCCAGGAUGGACUCCGGCAUCGACUCCACGGAGAGCAGCAACGGCAGCCUGGAGGAGGGCGGCGGCGCGGCGGCGGACGUGGCCAUGGAGGGCGAGGCCGCCGCCGCUGAGGAGGCGAGGGCUGGCGAGGCCGCGUCCUCUUGCGGCGAGCCUGGCCUCCCGCAGCCGCAGGCGGCGAGGGAGGCCGCACCCGCCGCCCUCGGGACGCAGGCCGCCGCGCCUUCCAACCUCAGGACUCUGGCCGCGGCCGCCGUGAGCUCGGCCACGCCGGAGGCCAUGGAGAGCCGCGGCGAGAAAGGCCCGCGGGACAGCAGCGCCCUGUUCAAAGUGACAGCCCGAUAACCAGGGCUACUCCCCACUCCAUCUCGCCCGCUCAAAACUCAAGCUUCUACAGAGAGACAGCAAUUCUUCUUCGCAAGAAAUAAAAAAGCAAGUGUAUCAGGUUAUUGAAAUGAUGCAAACCUACCUAGAAUGCUCAGGGAAUGCAGAGGAGGCUGAGCUGCUGACGUCGUUCACCAGUCAGCUGUCUCUCUCGGACUCGCGCCAGCAGGUGGAAAGUGACCUUCAGGCUCUCCUCAACUCCCUGACGGACCUGAGUCUCGUCAAAUCCAAACUCCCAUUACAUGCCAGAAAGAAAGGUAUGAUUUGUAAUAAGAGACGAAUGAAAAGAAAUACGAAAACAGAGAAGAGGCUGCGUCGGAAGCGUAUUUCUCCAUACAACUUGGAGACGCUGAGAUGCCAGACUUGUAUGAGCAGAUUUGUGUGUGAAAAGGUUGAUAAUUUGCAUACCGGUAUUAGUUUAUUAGCUUUUGGGUUUUGGGUUAUCAAGGAGGAUGAACAGACCAGUCAAAUUGUUCUCCUGUGUAUGCUGCGCUAUACACCAUGGCCAAUUGCACAGUAUAAGUUGUAUUCAAGAUGUCGGUGA